AUGUUAACCAAGAACAUUUUUUCCAAUGCUUUUUGCUUGUUGCAUUAUGCCCAGUUGACGAUCUCCCACGAGCAUAAAGCCCAACACCCGCCCGGCGUUCGACCGCCAAUCAACUGGACAUUGACAGACACCCACAUACAUGCCAUCCCCCCAGUUCUUGCCCAGGCUAUUGCUGAACAUGGAGGUGAUCCGUCCGGAGAAGCAACUCCAGAUUGGUCGUUAGAAGGAACCCUGGAAAGCUUGGACAGUAUUGGCUCGGCUCAUGGCAUUCUGUCAAUCUCGACGCCAGGGGUUCCAAUCGCAGGGACCGGACAGGAGGCCCGUGAUCUUUGCCGCCAAAUCAACAAUUACCUGGCAGACUUGGCAAUGAACAGCACCAGACUGGACUUUUUCGCCGCACUCCCGGACUGGAGGGAUAUUGCCGGUACACUGGCUGAGAUUGAUUGGAUAUAUACUGAACAGAAAAGUGCGGUCGGUGUUAUUUUCUACACUUCUUAUGGUGAUUAUUUACCCGGAGAUGCUUCUUUCUCACCAAUAUGGGAAAGGCUGGAACAGUACAAAGCGUUGACAUUCAUGCACCCCGGGACUAUGAAUGUCAGCCCAUUUCUAAUCAACGGCAAAAUCCCUCAACCUAUUGUCGAUUACCCGCAGCAAACGACCAGAGCCGCUGUCGACUUGGUUCUAGGCGGCACGAGAUCACAAACGCCGAACGUCGAUAUGAUACUUAGCCAUGCUGGUGGAACAUUCCCCUUUAUUGCCGAGCGUGUGUUGGGGAGCUUAGCACUUCAAAAUGGAUUUUCCAAUAUCAGUGCUCUCAAAGCCACUGCUGAGUUUGCGCGCUUUUAUUACGAUAUUGCGCUCAGUGGAACAGCAACGCAAUUAGACGCCCUUUUGGUCCAAACAUCUCCCGACCAUAUUUUGCUAGGAAGUGACUAUCCGUACACUCCGCCUGAAGGAAUCAUUGCAAAUCAAGCCAGUUAUAUGGCUUGGGCCGCAGCACACCCCCAGCUGAGCCCUGCCACCCUCACGGCAAAUGCCAAGGCUGAAAUCGAGUCACACAGGAUCUCAUGA